AUGUCUUACGCACCCCGAGGCGGAGGCGAUAGAGGCCGCGGCGGCGGCUUUCGUGGUGAUCGUGGCGACCGCGGCGGAGGUCGCGGAGGUGGAAGAGGAGGAGGAGACUUUAGAGGAUAUGGCACCCAAGGUGUCAAGGUUGAGCUUACUGCCAACUAUGUCGAGCUUCUCACGCCGUCCAAUAUGGUGUUGUAUCGUUAUGCCAUUGACAUUACCCCCGAGGUUACGGGCAGGAAGCGCCAUCGCGUUGUGCAGCUCUUGCUCGAAGCCCCAGAAAUGACACAAUACAAAGGCCACAUUGCUACUGAUUUCCGUUCAACCAUAGUGGCCAAGACCAAGUUCACCAACGAAAGGGACAUUAUCGAAAUCCAGUAUCGUUCCGAGGGCGAAGACGACCCCGCAACGGGAGCCACAGUGUACAAAGUCUUCCUCCAAUUCACAAACACCCUGAACGUCGGCGACCUGGUGAAUUUCAUGAACUCUACCAAUCUCUCUCAGCGUUUGGAAAACAAGGGUGAACUGACUCAGGCACUUAACAUCUUCCUGAAUCAUUAUGCCAAGUCGGCUAACAACCUCGCUACCAUCGGAUCAUCCAAGAGCUUUUCUCUUCACCAAAACGCUUCCAAGGGCGACCUUGGAGCCGGCCUGGAAGUCAUACGUGGAUUCUUUUCAAGCGUACGAGUUGCAACCUGUCGCAUCUUAGUCAACAUCAAUGUUAGCCAUGGGGCUUUCUACCGCACCGGCCCUUUGCCAGCCCUUAUGGAGGGCUACGGUAUCCGUAACACAAUCGCCCUCGAAAAGUUUCUCAAAUUGGUUCGUGUCCAGACCACACACUUGAAAGAAAGACGCAACAAAGCUGGUGAGGUCAUUCCUCGGAUCAAGACCAUUUACGGACUUGCUAGGAAGGACGAUGGACAUGGCAUGGAACAUCGACCGCGGAUCAGACAACACGGUGCCGGUGCCAGGGAUGUCGAGUUUUGGCUGGAUGGGAAAGAUGCACCUGCUGCUAAGGGCAAAGGUAAAGGUAAAGGUAAAGGCCCAGUACAAGGCCCAACAGCUUCUGGAUCCGGAAAGUACAUCAGUGUAUUCGAUUUCUUUCGCACAACGUACAACCAUGUUCUCAAAUACCCCGAUCUUCCCGUCGUGAAUUGCGGUAACCGAGAAAACCCUACAUAUCUCCCACCGGAAGUCUGUGUUGUGGUUUCCGGUCAACCUUCCAAGGCAAAACUAGAUGCCCUGCAAACUCAGGUUAUGAUACGAAAUGCAGUUAGAAAGCCAUGGGAGAACGCUGAGACCAUCUACAAGGAAGGAAUAUCAACGGUUGGCCUGGAUGAAAACACCAACGUACUUCUGCGCUCUUUCGGCCUUACCAUCACGCCAGGGUUGAUCAAAGUUCCUGGACGUGUCCUGAAAGGACCAAAGGUAAUCUACAAGCACGAGGAGGGAGGAAAUGGCACCAAAUUUGCCGAGCCGCGAGAUGGUAGCUGGAACAUGAUCAAGAUCAAGUUCAAUGUCGGUGCUCAGCUGUUAAAAUGGAAGGCCGUGAUGAUUGGACUUCCUUCCCGAAGGGACCCUUUCAACCAACCUGAAAUGAUGGCGAUCAUGCAAGAAUUUUACCAGGGUCUGCGUAGAAUUGGUAUCGACGCGCAACCGCCGGCCCCUCCUGAACGACUGCAGCUUAAUCAUCUGGACGAUCCUGCACUCAACAAUUAUCUCAAGGGGACUGUUGGUGCGAGGAUACAACUGUUGUUUAUCAUACUCCCCGAGUCCAACAUUCCUUUGUACAAGCGCAUAAAGACACUCGCCGACAGGGAUUUCGGCCUCCACAACGUUUGUGCUGUUGGCACCAAGCUAGCCAAAGAGAAAGGGCGGCCACAGUACAUCGCCAACGUUGCUCUCAAAUUCAAUCUGAAGCUUGGCGGUGUCAACCAGAAGGUCGAGAACAAGAAUCUUGGAAUCAUUGAACAGGACAAGACCAUGGUAGUUGGCAUCGACGUCACUCAUCCCGCCCCGGGUUCGGCUAGCAAUGCGCCUUCUGUUUCAGCAAUGGUCGCUUCAGUUGACAAGAACCUCGGACAAUGGCCAGCAACUCUCCGUAUCCAAAAAGGAAGACAGGAAAAUGUCGAUGAACUUGCUGGGAUGCUCAAGUCGCGCCUCAAUCUCUGGAAGACAAAGGGUCGCCAUCAAGCCUUCCCAGAAAACAUCCUCGUAUAUCGUGAUGGAGUUUCAGAAGGCCAAUACGACAUGGUGCUCACCGAAGAGUUGGCUCAGAUGCGAAAAGCAUGCGAACAGGUGUAUCCGGCGACUGAUACCAAAAAGGGUCUUCCGCGCUUCACCGUAGUAAUUUGUGGCAAGCGUCAUAAGACACGGUUCUACCCCACGAAUGUGCAACAAGCUGAUAGGUAUGGCAACACACAACCCGGUACUGUCGUAGAUCGCGGUGUGACGGAAGCUCGCAACUGGGACUUUUUCCUUCAAGCACACGCUGCACUCCAAGGCACAGCCCGGCCAUGCCACUACUACAUUGUGCAUGAUGAGAUCUUCCGCCAGAUCUAUGCCAAGCAGAUCCCUGCGCCAUUCCAAAACAUUGCCGACAUUGUCGAGGACCUCACACAUAACAUGUGCUACCUAUACGGUCGGGCGACAAAGGCCGUCAGCCUGUGUCCUCCAGCAUACUACGCUGAUCUUGCAUGCGACCGUGCACGGUGCUACCUUGCUCACCUGUAUGACACUCCCGCACCGAGCGCAGCACAAUCUAUGGCUGGCACAUCGGUUACUGGUACUAGCGCUCCAGCAGCAGAACCUGGGUCUGUGGAAAUCCAUCCCAACAUCCGCGAUUCCAUGUUCUACAUCUAGAAUGUUCAUCGCACUGGAGCUUCGUGCGAAAAGCAGCAAACAUCAUUAAGACGAAACUGGCAUGAUUUGGAAGAAAUUGUAGAGGAAACAGGCUGUGGUUGGGCGUUAGGGAUGUCCGUCUUUUUGAAUUGAAAAUUCAUAUAGCAGCUGCAACAAGUAACUACAUAACAAGGAACAUACUCAUUUCGAUUCUCGUAAGGAUGAAUUGUACAAGAUUUUGAGAUGAAUUAGGUGAUUGCACGCGGAGAAUCGAGGUUCAUCAAU